AUGUCUGAGGGCGAAAAAGCCAGAACCUCCGGAGAGGUCUCUCGUCCGGAACCUACCCUGCCCACCGUCAAUCCCGCUGUUGAUAAGGCAGAGCCCCCGAAGCCUGCCUUCCACCCUGCUGUCUAUGUCGGGGUCUGGAUCACUUUGAGUUCCAGUGUUAUCUUGUUCAACAAGCAUAUCCUUGAUUAUGCCCAGUUCCCUAUCAUCCUCACAACAUGGCAUUUGGCAUUCGCGACCUUCAUGACCCAGCUUCUGGCGCGCACCACCACUCUGCUCGAUGGACGGAAGACCGUGAAGAUGACUGGCCGUGUCUACCUUCGUGCUAUUGUUCCGAUCGGUCUUUUCUUCAGUCUGAGUUUGAUCUGCGGUAAUGUGACUUAUUUGUAUCUGAGUGUUGCCUUCAUCCAGAUGCUCAAGGCUACUACCCCCGUUGCUGUUCUUUUCGCUACUUGGGGUAUGGGCAUGGCUCCUGUCAACCUCAAGGUCCUGAUGAACGUCAGCGUUAUCGUGCUUGGUGUCAUCAUUGCCUCUUUCGGUGAGAUCCGCUUUGUCUUCAUUGGAUUCCUUUUCCAGCUCGGUGGUAUUGUCUUCGAGGCCACUCGUCUGGUCAUGGUUCAGCGCUUGCUCAGCUCUGCCGAGUACAAGAUGGACCCUCUUGUCUCCCUCUACUACUUCGCUCCUGUCUGUGCUGUCAUGAACGGUGUCACUGCUCUCUUCCUUGAGGUCCCCAACCUUACCAUGGGCCACAUCUACAACGUUGGUGUCUGGACAUUGCUGGCCAAUGCCGUUGUUGCUUUCCUCCUCAACGUUUCCGUUGUCUUCCUGAUUGGCAAGACCUCCUCCCUCGUCAUGACCUUGUGCGGUGUUCUCAAGGAUAUCCUUCUGGUCGCUGCUUCCAUGAUGAUCUGGCAGACCCCCGUCACCCUCACCCAGUUCUUCGGUUACUCGAUUGCUCUCGUUGGUCUCGUUUACUACAAGCUUGGCGGUGACAAGAUCAAGGAGUACACUGGCCAGGCCAACCGUGCUUGGGCUGAGUAUGGAGUUAACCACCCCGCUCAGCGCAAGUUCAUUGUGUUCGGUGCUAUCCUCCUCAUCUUCUUCCUGCUCAUGGGCUCCAUGGCCCCCAGCUACGCCCCCGAGCAAGUUGCCAGCGUCAAGGGUAUGCUCGGUGGUGCUACUGCUGGAAAUGCUUAA